UGACAAUAUUUCCAUUUAUUCCUCAGCUUGGCUGGAGAAACAGCCCCUGAUUUCUCUGAGUCACUGCUGACAUCCUGCCCUGCUCCAGCACUUCCUCAUUCACAGGAGCUCCUUGCAGCAGCACGCCUGGAUCUCAGCACGUGCAGAGGGGACACAGGGAGACUCCACAGAGCCUUCCCUCCCUCUCAGGACAAAGCAAGUGCCUCCUAUGGAAGCUGAGCCUCCCUAAGCAGCCACCAGAGGUGACAGUCCAGGUGCUGGGACAUGUCCAUGACUGAGCUUUGCUUCAACAACAGAGACACAAGUAGCAGCUGAAGUGUCUGGUGAAUCUCCUGACAGAUUCCCAAGGGCUGGGAGGCACAAAAAUGAAAUGGGAGACUGCUCUCUGGAUGGUUGCCUGCUUACUGCUUGCAUCUCUGCCCAGAGGUCAGCUGGACACCACGUGCCAUGCAUUUGUUGGAGAAACUGUGGUUCUGCCUUGCACCACCACCCCUCCUGGAGAGCUGACCCUUUCCAAGUCAAGGCUCUACUGGCAGAUUGGCACCAAGCAGCUGGUGCACUUCUUUCAGAAUGGGCAGGAUUCACUGGAGGGCCAGGAUGAAAAGUUCCAUGGCAGAACCAGUCUUUUUCUGGACCAGAUGAAGCAUGGCAACCUUUCCUUAAAGAUCUCCAAUGUCCAGUUAGGGGAUAAUGCUGAAUAUUCCUGCAUCUACAGACAGACUGAGAACCAUCAAACAAAGAAAUUUACAAUUAAACUCAAUGUAUCAGCUCUGCCUAGGAUUGAGGAGCCACCUUCCCCUUCUGACCAGUAACUACACAAAGGUCAUUUGUAAACACUUCUGGAGUGAACUCAAUGCAGAAGGGAUGUUCAGCUUCCAUUGUCAGUAAGUUCUUUCCUAAAAUUCUUCCUUGCAAGACAAAUGAUUCUUAUUAGUGCUACAAAAUCUUAAAUUGGCAUUAAACAUGUAAUACUUUGUCAUAUAAAAUCAAGAGCAGUAGUUUUUAUUUUAUUCAGUGGGGCUGAAAGAUAUGAUCCUUUACUUAGUAAUUAUUAUAUUACAUUUAAUGUGAUAAGUUCGGCCACACUAUGACAUUACAGACAGAUUAAGCUUCCAUAAACUCAAAUAGAAACUAAGAAAGAGAAAUUUUCAGUGUUUUAUCUCAUGAUCACACAGAAGGAAAAAAACAACCCCAACAGUUGUUGUGCCUGACAAGCAAAAAACAGCUUGAAAAAAUACACGAAAUAUUAAUUUUUAGACCUAAUCUAGGUAGCCUAGCUGGCCUGAAGGCCUUUAAAAACAUGAAGUUAAAUUCAAGAUGGUAUCAUAUGCUUUCACAUUACUUUAUAAAAACAAAUAGAACAGGAAUUAGAAUAUCUUCAGCUGUUACCUUCCACAAGAAAUCAGGAAAUAUUGAGGGUCAAACUUCUUAAUGCAGAAGCAGUAGAAAACUCUCAAAACCAAAUGUAAGUGGGUUGUAUUUAAAUGGGAUAGUUGUACAUAUGUUUGACUCAGCCAAAACCUUUCUGACAACUACCCCUAAAUAUAAACUAUUUCUAAUAAUGAAAAGGCAUUUUCAUUGAGGAAGAAAAUAAACUAUUGAAACACAAGGGGAGUGUUUCACUUUAGGAGUACAAACUGAAACAUCCACCUUUGACACCUGAAGGUUCUUGUACUGUAGGAUUUUGAGGAACUUGGGGAUGAGGAAAGAACAAAAGCCUAACUUUUUAAGUGUAAUUUUUUACAAAAAAGGAAAAUAUAUUUCCUGUUGUUAACUUCUUUUAAAGACAAUCAUCAGCCACAGCUCCCCCCCUUUUUUUUUUUUUUAUUUUCAGCAAUUUCUUAAGCAAGAGAGAAAGGGAAUCUGUUUUAUAUUAGCUGUUAUUUCAGAAGGGACUUAGGAAAAUUAAAAAAUGAUCUGCUGAGAACAAAGGCAUUGUAUACAGAAACAGUUCUCACACUUCACAACCAGAUCAACAAAUACUAUUUUUACGUCAAGCAGAAACAAUUUUCAUCUGUUUCACUAUGGCUACACAUCUGUUUGUUUGCUGCAUGGGUUAUUGCCCCCAGCUACUAGUUUAACAAUUUUCCUGGGGAAAAUGAAAGGGCCUGGGGCUGGGAGAAGACACAAAAGGCCAGGAGUCUUGUUGUUACACCCCUACAUUUAUUUCAAAGCAUGCUGAGGACUACCUGAUAUUUACUUGCUCUCUGCACAUUCACAUCACAAACUCCUUCCAGGAACAGGGGGAAGCACCCUGGCUAGAGAUAAAUUAACUCCAGUGAGAUACUGACAGCUGAUCCCACAGCAACAGGAACAGCCCUCAGGAAUAUAAAAACCAAUAUACAGCCUGUUCUUCACAGAGAUGGACUUGGAAUACUUAUAGAAAAAAACUCUCUUCUUUUUAAGUCAGGGGUUGAAAAUCUCUUUUUAUUUGUGUACUACAUCCAGCACAGGUUGAAGGCACCACCUGUGCCAAGGGUAAUUUGUGCCCUUUGGCCACGUUGUGGGUUUUGUACCAAGAGUGACCCACAGUGCUGCUACCACCUAAAGUGUGUGUGACCUAGAGUUUUUUAUAUUUAUUACCAUUAUUUAUGGACUCUUUAUCAAAACAUCUCCUCAGGCCCUGAGUAGGAAGAAUGAAAAUGUAUUUUCAUCCUAAAAUCAUAGAAUGGCUUGGGCUGGAAGGCAUCUCAAAGAUGCCACAGUUCCCACCCCCCUGCCAUGGGCAGAGCCAACUCCCCAUAAACAGCUGGCUGGUUGUUGCUUUUCUGUCAGAAUUUUAAACAAAGAUUAAAGACUGAUUCUCAGUCAUCCAGAAAAGUUACAAUUAUUGCUGCUGAGUUUCUGCACCUUUUCUGUGAAAAAGAAAAAUUUAUUUGUCCCAGUACCUUGAGACCUUUUUGUCUGGACUUUGUAUAGACACAAAAAAGGAGAAUUAUGAAAAUGAGUCAAAAUCCAUUGUUUUAAAAAUAAUCCUCCAUCGAUGCACUCAUGAAAAAUGUGUCAUGCAAACUUCUAAUACACUUUUUUUGUCAAGCCAUCACGUACAUGCUGACUUUCUCUUUUUCAAU